UGAGUGCUAAAAAUAGGUGUCAUAGUGACAUGAAGUCUCUCCACUAAAUAUAAUGGGCCAAACUUCCGUAAGUACUUACAAGAAAAUUCUUCAUUUUCUCUGCCCACUAUUCUUUCUUGAUGAUCAGGUGGCUUAAAGAAACUAUCUAAGUGUCAAACUUUGCACAUUGGUGGAGAUGAACAAUAGUGCAGGAAUCUCAAUACCUGGAGGAGGAGGAGGAUCAGCAGCAGCAGCAGCAGCACCCUCAAGUUCAUGGGUAUCACCAACAUCAGUUUCAACUUCAGGGAAGAGAAUACAGAGGGAAAUGGGGGAACUUAACAAUGACCCGCCUCCUGAUUGCUCUGCUGGUCCCAAGGGUGAUAAUCUUUAUCACUGGGUCUCCACCAUUAUUGGGCCCCCAGGAACUCCAUAUGAAGGUGGUAUUUUUUUCCUUGACAUAACGUUUCCAACUGAUUAUCCAUUCAAACCUCCAAAGGUAGUAUUCAAAACUCGUAUCUACCACUGUAAUGUUGAUUCUGCUGGCAACCUCAGUUUGGAUAUGUUGAAGGAUGGUUGGAGUCCAGCUCUUACAAUUACUAAAAUUCUAAUUGCAAUCAGAUCAGUUUUCACUCACCCUGACCCUUACAAUCCUCUUGUGCCUGGUAUUGCGCACUUGUAUCUAGCGGACAGAGCAAAGCAUGAUGAACUAGCUGCACAGUGGACAAUGCGAUUUGCCAAGUGAAUUUAGCAGAUUCUUUUACGAGGGCAUUUUGUAAAGGCCUUGGUAUGGUGGCAUGUUGAACUGAACAUAUGGUAAUGGCCAAAUAGGUAUGACUAUUUGUACAUGACAUGCACUUUGAGUUGAAACUUGAAAGUAGUUUCGUAAAGUAUAUUUUUAAGCCCUUGAAUUUUUCAA